GCCACGGCCUUCUUCCAUCCCCACCUUCGCUAUAAAUACUGGAAUGAAUCAUUUGCUGUUUCCAUAUCCAAUCGUAAAGCGUAGAUCAUAGAUCACUCUCAAAGGAUUAUCUUUACAGUUAGGAACUGCAAAAAUCAAUCAAAAUGAGCCGACAUCCAACCUUGAAGUGGGCGCAGAGGGCUGAUGUGCUCUUCAUCACCAUUGAUCUUCCCGAUGCCAAAAAUGUGAAGCUCAAAUUGGAGCCUGAGGGUAAAUUCUACUUCUCUGCUACUGCUGGAGCUGAGAAUUUAGCUUAUGAAAUAGACAUCAACCUUCAUGACAAGGUGGACGUGAAUGAGAGCAAGGCAAGUGUUGGACCAAGAACUAUUGUUUACCUUAUAAAGAAGGAAGAAAGUAAAUGGUGGAACAGGCUUUUGAAAGAAGAGGGAAAGACUCCGAUGUUUGUGAAAUGUGAUUGGGAUAAAUGGGUAGAUGAAGAUGAACAGGAGGAAAAUGGUGGAGGUGAUAUGGAGUUUGGUGACAUGGAUUUCUCAAAACUUAACAUGGGAGGUGGUGGAGAUUUUGAUGAAGAUGAAGAUGAUAGUGAUACAGAAGAUGAGAUAGAGAUGAAGAAUGAAGGAGAAGAAGAAGCAACUGGUAAAAUGGAAACUGCAACUGCACUACCAGUUAGCAAUGGAGUUGAGGCAACAGCUUGAUUUCAGCUAUUUUGGUUAGAAGUUUGAUCCAACUAUUGAACACAAUACUUGUAGUAGUUAUUGAUUCUAGCAAAAUCAUCUUGAAACAUACAUAAUGUGAAAAUCCAUUAAAAGAAGAUAUAUUGCAUCAUCUAUCAUUACUUGCAA